ACACACCUGGAAGUAAAGCGCAAACAGACAACAAUAGUAGCAGACAGGUGGGCAGACGGAGGGGAAAGCUUUACAUGUAGCUGACUCAAAGGCAGUGUGGGCUUUUUCAUGAAGCUUUUACAUUUGUUGAUUUUUUUUCUUCCUUCAAACAUGGUGGAACUACAGCACAGACUCUCUCGCUCAUGAUUUACUGCUGCAUGGAACCACUAUAACUACCUGAGCUGCUUCAUUGUUUGAGUGUUUGUAAAGAAAACUAUGCGUUGGAGCAUCCGAGAGCAAGUCUCCAGAGUUUAAAGACACUCUGCAUUUUAAUAUGAUGAGUUUCUGUUUAGGUUGUCUCUCAAACAAACAAAAACACUGAGUGUCUAUCGGUUUGAGGAAUUCCGGCCCCGUCAGCUAUUUAGGUUCCUGUCUUGCUUUCACUAUUUUGUGAAAGGAGACAUAAAAAGGAAGGAAGGGGAGAGCGAGUGAGGGAGGAGGCGCAGACGAGUAUACAAGUGAGGCAUCUCGGUGACUGUCAGUUGUUUCCAGAAGCAGCUGAGAAGAGAAGAAGUGACACUUACCGAUCACUCUCCUUCUCUUGGUCCCAGAAGAAGUGAAGAGACAACAUGGUUCGGUGGUUCCACAGAGACAUCACAGGCCUGCAGGCCGAGGAAAUGCUCAAGAACCGAGGCAUACAUGGCAGCUUUUUAGCUCGACCCAGCAAGAAAAGUGUGGGAGAUUUCUCACUGUCUGUCAGGGUGGCUGAGCUGGUGACCCACAUCCGCAUCCAAAACACAGGAGACUUCUACGACCUAUACGGUGGGGAGAAGUUUGCCACCCUGUCUGAGCUGGUUGAGUACUACACGGCAGAGAACGGCAUUCUGCAGGACAAAGAUGGCACCGUCAUCGAGCUCAAAUACCCGCUGAAUUGCUCUGACCCCACCACAGAAAGGUGGUACCACGGUCACCUGUCCGGGCCCAAUGCAGAGAAACUGCUCAGUGCUCGAGAUGAUUCGGGGACAUUUCUUGUCCGAGAGUCGCUGUCCAAACCUGGAGACUUUGUUCUGUCGGUUCUGACAGAUGAGAAGAGCAAAAGUGGAGGAAAGAGGGUCUCCCACAUCAAGAUCAUGUGUCAGAACGACAGGUACACAGUGGGAUGUUCAGAGAUGUUUGACACGCUGACAGACUUGGUGGACUUUUACAGACGCCAAGGCAUCGAGGAGAUGUCGGGGAACUGGGUGUAUUUAAGACAGCCGUAUUACUCCACCAGAGUGAACGCAGCAGACAUCGACAGCAGAGUGAGACAGCUGGAUGAGACUGCACAGCAGCUGAAGGAGGGCGAGGGAGAGAAGAACAAGGCGGGCUUCUGGGAAGAGUUUGACGCUCUUCAAAAGUUGGAGGCGAAGGUGAAAAAGAGCCGAGAGGAGGGCCAGAGGCCUGAAAAUAAAAGCAAAAACAGAUACAAGAAUAUUCUUCCCUUCAAUGACACCAGGGUGGCCCUGCAGGACACUGAUCCUGAUGUCGUAGGUUCGGAUUACAUUAAUGCCAACUACGUGAAAAACACCCUGUGGGAGGCUGCAGUUCCGAAAAUGUACAUUGCCACCCAGGGAUGCCUUGCAACAACUGUCAACGAUUUCUGGAAGAUGGUUUGGCAGGAGAACACGAGGGUGAUUGUCAUGACAACCAGAGAGGUGGAGAAAGGCCGGAAUAAAUGUGUGCCGUACUGGCCCGACCCUGACUGCUCCAACGAGUUUGGUCCAUACGUGGUGAAGUGUCAGUCAGAGAGGGAAGCUGCAGAUUACAAAGUCCGAGUUCUGGAGAUGGCUUCUUUGGACAAGCCUAAACAUUCUCGUACCAUUUGGCACUAUCAGUACAUGAGCUGGCCUGACCAUGGCGUCCCUCAGGAGCCGGGUGGCGUCCUCAGCUUCCUCACUCAAGUGAACACCAAACAGUCUGAAUAUCCCGCUGCUGGACCCAUGAUCAUCCACUGCAGCGCUGGGAUUGGUCGAACAGGCACCAUCUUGGUGAUUGACAUGAUCAUCGAGACCAUUGACACUAUUGGUCUAGACUGUGACAUUGACAUCCCCAAAUACAUCCAGAUGGUGCGAGAGCAGCGCUCUGGCAUGGUGCAGACAGAAGCUCAGUACAAGUUCAUCUAUCUGGCUGUUUCUCAGUACAUUCAGACCACCAAGGCCAAAGACUGUGCUUACAUGGAAGCUGACACAGAGUAUGGAAAUCUGCAACUCAAACACCAACCAGCCAGCAGGAAGGUCUCAAAAAACACAGAGGACGUUUACGAGAAUCUGUCCAAAGGAAAGAAAGAUGUGAAGAAGCAAAAAUCAGACAAGAAAAGUGGCUCAGUGAGGAAAAGAUAGAAGAGACUGAGCAUAUUUACCAAAGUACGUCAUGUUUUAUAUUUAAGCAGGCACUGUUUUAUGGAGGCUUUUAUUUGAGUGGAAAAAAAACCCCAAAUCAGGUGUGAAAUCAGAGAAACGAUAAUGUUAUGUCUUCUGAAAUGUCCCAUGAAUGCUUGGAUGCAUUUGAUGAAAAUAAAGCCUUCCUUAUUGCAAAUCCUUGUUUGUUUUUUUAAUUGUCUGUUUUUGUUGUUGGGCGAGUAAACCAACAUCAUUUAGAAAGCUUUGAUAUUUUGAAUGGAAGCUUCUUUGAAUUAUCAGCUCUCUCUCGCUCACUUUAAGAUGAUGUAAUCCUCUAUCGAAAGUCUCAAACCUCAAUUCUGUAUCUUGUUGUAUUUUCAUGAAACAGACAGUGACAGUGAUUGAUUUUCCACCGAGGAUGAAUAAAGUAUUUCUGAUUCUGAUAUACACAA